UUCUGCUACUGCAAUCUUCAAAGUACAAGGAACUCUAUUGCUGCCUUCUUAAAGAAACAAACUUCAAAAAGAUCGAGUAAAAUAAUCCUCGUCGUCGUCAUAUUCCACGUUUUGGUGGCAAAUUAUUUUUCUCCAAAACCAAAAAGUAGGCAUAAUGUCAAGCAAUUGUCAGAUAUGUUCAAAACUUAGUUCAUCGUAUUGCUCCAACUGCAAGAAGGUGGUUUACUGUGGGAAAGAGCACCAGAAGCAGGACAGGAAACGUCAUAAACAGGAAUGUUAUCCCGCAUCAAUUACUACGCACCCAGUCCUAGGAAAUCAUUUGCAAGCUACGAGGGAAAUCAACGCAGGAGAAAAAAUCUUCAAGGAGGAGCCUUUAAUUGUGGGACCCAGGAGCAAUUUUUCUCACUUUCACCAAAUAUGUCUCGGAUGUUGUGACAAAAUCAAGGAAGGAUCUACCUACUCGUGCUCAAAGUGUGGAUGGCCAGUUUGCGAUGCCAACUGUGAACAGAACAUGAGACAUGCAAAGUUCGAGUGUCCAAUAUUUGCUGAUAAGAAUGUUAGUCCAGCAGCUACUCAGGCGGAGUACUUGGGCGUCACGUUCCUCCGAUGCAUCCUCCUCCAAACCUUGGAUCCUUCUCGAUGGGAUGAUUUGCUCAAACUCGAGUCUCAUAUCGAACUUCGUAAUUCUCGACCGGCUUGCGUGGAACAAAGCCAACUUGCCAUCCAUUUCGUAAGGGACAAGUGUAAGAUGACCCAAACUGACCCAAGGCUGAUCGAUCGUGUCUACGGAAUUGUAAUUGUAAAUGGAUAUGGAGAUCUUUCAACAUUCGGAGUGAAAUUGUACAGCAAAUCAGCCAAACUUUCUCACGCCUGCAUCCCUAACACGAGAACUAUUCUGGACUCGAAUGGGAUCGAGAUAGUGGCGACGGUUGCCAUCAAGGCAGGUCAACCGCUAACCCAACUUUACGGUCGCAUAUUCAAAGGGACUCACCCAAGGCAGGAAUUGCUCCAAAACAUUUAUUACUUUUCCUGUAGCUGUACCAGGUGUAAAGAUCCGUCCGAGCUGGGAACAUAUUUUUCUGGGGUCAAAUGUCAUGCAAAGAAGUGUGGGGGCCAUCUGCUUCCUAAAAACCCACUGGAUAUUUCUCCAGCCUCCAAGUGGAAGUGCGAUAGUUGCAACAAUUCUUCCACAUUCGCCCGUUGUGUGGUUCCAGCCUUGGGAGAAAUUAGCCAAGAAGCCGGGACGGAUGAGAAUGAGGGGCUCUACUCCGAGUACGAAUUGUACGAGGUGGGCAAUCCCGAGAUUCCCGUCACCGGAAAUUUGGAGCUCACCACAGCUACCAAGCUGGAUCAUGUACUCAAAAUGCUAACUGUACUCAAAAAACUUGAGACGGGGACCGUACACAGAAAUCAUUAUGCCCUCCUCCCCCUGAAAACUGCGCUAAUCGCUACAAUCCAUUCCUUGCUUGCACUGUCCGUACAUGACGCCAAAAGUUUCUCGUUCCUCCAGACCCUCAAGGACGAGGACAUGGUAAAAUAUUUAUUGGAGGAAUUUCUCCGCUUGGUCAAAGAAAUGUUACAAGUUGUGGAGAUUUUGCUCCCUGGAAUGACUUCAGAAAGAGGAUUACUCCUCUUUUACUUGGCGGAGGGGAUGCGAUUCUCCAUCCACAACACGGCGACAGGUCCCAACCAAUCUCAGUUAGCAAAGUUACAAGAGGAAGCCUCUUGUAACUCAUUUAAGAUCAUGCUUCUCGAUAAUGAGGAUGAUGAUCAUCGGAAACUGGUUGUUAAAUAUUUGGGGCAUCAGAAUGCCCCAAGUUUAUUUGAUAAAUCAAACAAAAGUAGUACUGCUUCGUCAUAAUUAGUAUUAAAUAAAUAUAAGUCUCCAUUAUUUUUAGCAGUUUUCCAAAUAAAAGCAAAGAAAUUAUAAAAUAAAUGCACUCUAGCAAACUAAA